AUGAAUCGCAAUCAACUAGUCUUUCUGAAUAUGGUGUCGGCCACUGUCUUUUUCAUCUUACGGCAUUUGAUUUGGAUCGAACGACCGAACUUUCAGUCCCGUAUUCAUCAAUUGCAACAACAAUGGACAGAGGACAAUGAUGAUUCAUCUUCCAUUCUUCAAACGUCGAUACCUGUGAAUGAUGAUUCCGUUGUGACUGAAAAUGACAAACAUAAUGAUUCCGAGAAUAGUACACGGGAUUACAACUUUGCCUUUGGUGAAAACAAGGCUUAUUUCUACAAAUACGAACCGGAUCGAUUGCCACUCCCAGAUAGCGUCUCCCUACAGAAUGCCCACGGCAUUUAUGUUUCCAACGAUUGCUCCGAUCAAGAUCAUUUGGAGUGUGGCCCCACAAUUGUUAUUACUUAUCAAGACAAGGUGGACGAUUCCAAAUGUCUGCUGCAAUGGAAGGCGGGGGAAUAUGACCAACCAGCCAAAUUUUUGGGUCCUGGGUCUUCACUUUGUGCCGGCGUUCCUCAUGGAUUGACGGCCAUGGAAGAAGUAGACGCAAAGAAAGACGGCAAAGGUGCAAGGACCACAACGUACUUGUAUCACGCCAACAAUGACCAGCACUUGUCCAAGACCACAGCAGAUGGAGAAGUAGUCUGGACCAAUCAGUAUCAACCUCCAGUUCCUUUGGACAAAAACUCGACCGAGCCCGAAUUCAAACCAACUUGGUUUGCAGGGCAACCUCACUCUCCUUACAUUUAUCUUGCUGAUGGCUAUGGAACCUCUCGGAUCUAUCAAUACUACAAGUCCAAUGGAACCUAUGCGGGAAGGUACUUUGGAGGGAUUGGAACGGACGAUGGUUUCUUUCACACCUCGCACGCCAUAUCCUGGGAUGGACGAAAUAGUGAUAAUGAUGAUGACGAUGGUCAUAGUACAAUGAUUGUUUGCGAUCGGGAGAAUCAUCGACUGUCCUACUUUGCCAUUGAUCCGAAACAACCGGAAAAGUUUGAGUUCUUGGGGCAACAGAACAUGGAACCCUACAACUUGUAUCAGCCUUGCAACAUUCGAUACCAUCCAACUACGAAGCAAGCUAUUAUACCAUUCCUUGAAGGUAGCGUGGGGAUUUUCAAUCCACCAAACCCAGACGAGCCAUUGGUCCAGCCCUUGGAGGGCAUUCUCAACAUUACCGAUCAAAUGGGAAAGUUGGGAUUCUUGCACCCACAUGACGCACACUUUUUGCCCAACGGAGAUUUUGUAUUGGUAACGUGGGCUCCGGGAAGGAUUGGAUAUUUUCGAAAAGUGGAAGGGGGAAAGGUGGAGGAGAAAAAGUCCGCAGCUCCAUCCGAUAGGGACCCAUUUGGUCAUGCCAAUACUACGAGUAUACAAUAG